UCACAUGGUGGUGUUGGCUUUUAAUAUGCUUAGCGACAACAAAAACAAAACCGUCUCACUAUUUGGAGAACACAAGUCGAAAUAUGGUGUAAGAUUUCGUCCCGGAAUAUCACGAUAUUUUGUCACCCUUUCCCUGCGGACUUGGCACAUUCCUCUCAGCAGCUCCACAUGUAUCGUAACUUGUUACCUCUCCAGAGCUCACUGUGCCCUUCCUCAACCCUGAUGUGUUACUGUUCUGCAUACAGAAGAAGCGACAGUGUUUGGGCUCGCUUUGGAUUAUAGCGGAUUAAAUCACAGUUACGGAAUUCAUUAGUGUAUCUUAACAAACGAAAAGGGAGAGGACGUGUCGUGAAGCAGGGGUGUGUGUAUGUGUGUGAGAAGGGGGGAGAGAGAGAGAGACUGUCUCUCUGCAUGUGUGAAUUUACCAGACCCAGUAAAGUGAGAGUGUAAGAGUGAGGGCGCUCUUGGGGGCGUAGCUCCACAAAGGGGCAGAGUUUCCAGGAGGAAGCCGGACAAACAUGAGCAAAUUGACGUUCCACAACAACAAGACCAUGCAGGAUCGCCGUUGUGUGUGUGUGUUUCUCCCAAAUGAUGAAACACUCAACGUCAUUGUCAGUGUGAAGACUUUGUGUCAGGAAUUGUUGGAGCAGGUAUGUGAUCUUCUCCGACUGAAGGACUGUCAUCUGUUUGGCCUCAGCGUUGUUCAGAAUAAUGAGCACAUCUAUAUGGAACUGGAACAGAAGCUGUCGAAAUACUGUCCUAAGGAAUGGAAGCGAGAAGCGAGCAAGGGAAUUGAUCAAUUUGGGCCUCCAAUGAUUGUGCACUUUAGAGCUCAGUACUAUGUGGAGAAUGGCAGGCUUAUCAGUGAUCGCAUGGCAAGGUAUUAUUAUUACUGGCACUUGAGGAAGCAAGUUCUGCAGUCCCAAUGUGUCCAGCGGGAGGAGGCCUAUUUCUUGCUAGCUGCAUUUGCUCUUCAGGCAGAUCUGGGAAACUACAAACGAAAUAAACACUUUAACUCCUACUUUCAGCCUGAGUCCUACUUUCCUUCCUGGGUGAUCACUAAGAGGGGGAGAGACUAUAUUCUGCGGCAUAUUCCUAAUAUGCAUAAGGAACAGUUUGCUCUCACCGCAUCAGAGGCUCAAUUGAAAUACAUCAAACAAGCAGCACUCCUGGAUGAUGUCACUGUACACUACUAUCGCCUUUAUAAGGAUAAGAAAGAAUUGGAGGCAUCUUUAACUCUGGGGCUUACUCUGCGUGGUAUCCAGAUCUUUCAGAAUGUGGGCAGUGUCCGGCAGCUUCUAUAUGAUUUCCCCUGGACCAACGUGGGCAAACUUGUAUUUGUGGGGAAAAGGUUUGAGAUCUUGCCUGAUGGUUUGCCCUCUGCUAGAAAGCUCAUCUACUACACUGGCUGUCCACUGCGUUCCCGCCAUCUCCUACAGUUACUUAGCAACAGCCACCGCCUUUACAUGAACCUUCAGCCCGUGCUUAAACAAGUCCGACGCCUAGAGGAGAACGAAGAAAAAAAGCAGUAUCGGGAGUCAUAUAUUAGUGAUGCUCUGGAGUUGGACAUGGAUCAGCUAGACCAGCGAUCUCGUGCUAGUGGCAGCAGCAUGGGCAGUGUUUCACGCCAAAAACGUUUCUCACGUCACUCCACAACCAGCCACAGCAGCUCACACACGUCGGGUAUCGAAACCGACAGCUUCCGUACUCCAGCACACACACCACACCGGCCACUCCGCUCACACUCCUCCUCCAAUACCAGCCACGCCAGCACACACACUUCUGGUAUCGAGAGCAGUGUCAAGGAGCGAGGCCUGGAUGAUGAUGAGAUUGAGAUGUUGGUCGACGAUCCUAAAGACUAUGAAGAACUCACUGAUUUAGCAUUGGAGCUCAGUCAGGACCUCUGCAUUCAUAUUACUGAGGACAUGUUAACAUCUGCACAAAGCAACGGCUACUCAGGCCUAGUUGUGAAGGAAGUAAGUUCAUCAACAUCGAGUUCGUCUGAGACUGUAGUGAAAAUGAAAGGCCAAAGCAUUGAAUCACUCCCUCAGAUGGUGUCAGGCAGGAAAUCUCAGAACUCCACAGACAGGCACAGCCAAUCACUAGAUGAUAUCCGUCUGUACCAGAGGAAUUCCCCAGAGUGGGUGGAGCCCUCACAGGACUCUGCCCACAGUUACACAUUUGGUUGUGUGGAGGAGCUUAGCAAUGGUUACCAGGGAGUGGCGGAACAGCGGGUUGGUAUCUGUGAUGACCAACACCCUUUUCCCAUCAAAAGAACCAACAAGUACUUCUCUCUGGACCUGAGUACAGAGGAGGUGCCCGAGUUUGUUGUGUGAAGAGGGAGGAAAAUCAAAACAAAGAAAAACAAAUGAAAAACAUGACUGAGGACAUGUAUAUGUGUGCUUUUGUCUGUGUGCAUGUGUCUGCAUGUGUGUGUAUAUGAGAGAGUGUGACUAAGGAUCAUAAUGCAAGGAAGCUGCUGAAUUUCGGACGAGAAAGAGAAACCGCACCGGUCUGUCUCAGCUGCUUUAGCAAAACCUGAACCCCUCUGUGCGAAUUUCGCGCAUGCGUGCAUUACAUGCCAAUCAGAAUGAGACGUUCCAAUUCUUGUUCAUUGUGUUGGGCUUUUCUAGAGUGGCUGUUUGGUUUCUUCUAUGACAUUAGAAGUUAUGUACAAGUCUGUGAGAUUGUAUUCUUGUCUUUGUGUGAGUGCAUAUAAGUGUUUUUGAUCAUAUACGAGCUAUUAACCAAAGAAGAGCAGUCCGCAGUGUUCAAUAAGCAACUGAACACGCAAGCCAUAUUUUAAUAUCUAAUGGACAGGAAUGGUACUAGUAUGAAUUUACAUUACCAGGUAAAGUUUGACACAAUAGAUGAACAUUUUUCAUUGUCAUAUUUUGAUAAAUGCUUCUAGUUAAAAUGGGUUCUAAGACAAAUGUAACUAGUGAAAUUGAUGGCCAUGUAUGUAUGUAUUUCUGAAACAGAAUAUAUCUUUGGGGGUAAAUUGUUUCCCAAAACAAGUAGUUUUCAUUUAGAACACUUGACAGGCAAUGAACAAAUGCUCAGAACUUUAAAAAGCACCUCCUAGCUGAAACUUUUACACGACAAAGCUGGUUGACUAAAUGGCAAGACUGUGCAAAACAUUUAAAUUUAAAUAUUUCUAAUUUUUAUUGUAAAUUAGAACAUAUGACAAAAAGCCUCCCUAUGAGCAGGUGUGUCCAAACUUGGUUGGUUGUGUGACAUGUGUGUGAUGUAUGUAUUGUGGUGCUGGCUGCUCUAAUUGAACCGCCUGUGCCUUUGUUACACUAUGCAAAUUCCAGACCCUGUUCCUAGGAGUCUCUCAAGUCCCUCAUUUGUGCACUAAGCACAUUUUUACCCCUAUGCCAAGGAAAGAUACAGUGAUAAUUAAUGUCUGUGUGGUCACAAGGCUCUCAGUGAUGCUUGAGUAGUUUCUGCUCUAAUGUUCAUCCAAACCAAGUUGUGGCAAGUUGCAAAAAUGCAAUCAUAAUUUUGUCUUCUUUAAUCCUUCCCAAAAUAACCAAACCACAGUUUUCUUGCAUCAUGAGCCUGAGAGGACAGAAUAUUGAUGUCGUGCACAUAGAAUAGGGCUGGUGAAGUUUUUGAGUUUACACUUGAUCAACUGUCAGGCAAAGCAGUAAAGUGGAAAAAUUUAGGGAUAGAAAAAUGGCUGGAGUUCCAGCCUCAGUGGUGUGAGAAUGGGAAGGAUCAUUAAAAAAAGAAAAAAGCCAAACUGGGGUUUUCCAAGACAAAAAAAAAACCCCACAAACCAGUCCUUUCCUGCUAAUCUAUAUUUAC